AUGCAAAGACUCUCUUAAAAUCAAUAAGGUCGAUAAAAAACAAGAAAGAAGUAAGUUUUGAUGAUAGAAAAGGCUUAUAUUUUUUUAAAAAUUAUUGGUUAAGCGUUUAGCUAUUUAAUUUUUUAUUACGAAAACACUAUUAGUCUUGAUAUAUAAAGUAUGCUACUACCAUUAGUUUGUUUCUUUUUAGGUUUUUUUAUAAAUUUCAUAUUAGUUUAUCGCUUUCAUAGUCAUAAUGCUUUCACAUGCUUCCAUAUUAUUUUGAUAUCGUUCUCAGUUAUGUUUGCAGUAGAAACAAAUGCAGUUGAUUAUAAUUAGAAUUAAAAGCAAAUAAAGAUGUUUAUGAUUCUCAUAUACUAUUCUUGCAUAUUGAUUGGAAGAAUUAACUUUGGCAAUAGACAUGCUGCUUUAAUGGUUUUAAUGCUUAUAAUUGUAUUUAUGAUAUAUUAAAUAAUACUAUUUUAUCAAAUAAUUGAUUUAUUGUUUAUGAUUGCCUUUUUGCUUUAUAAUUCGUUUGUUAUUUGGAAGUAUUUUAGAUUACUAGAUGAACUCUCUAACUUCUAAGAAGAAUUAAAGAGCCACUAAUAUAAGAAUAAGCUCGAGAAAAAGAAAUUAAAACUGAGAAUAUAAAAGGAGGCUUUAAAAGAAGGAAUAAGUGAUUAUAUAUUUUUCACAUAUUUAUAGUAAAAUGAGCAGCAUAAAUUGAGAUUCUACUAGAUAAAUAGAAUAUUUCAACAAAAUUUUGAUAAAAAGUAUAUGCAAAAUUUAAUGUCAAGGAUGAAAGUCAAUUAGAAAAGCGAUAUUUUAAAAAUAUAAAAAAAAAUAUAUAAACUUUUGACUGAAUAUUCUUCAUCCAGCUUUGAGGAUUUUGUAAAAAAUAUAUCAUAGGAAAGGUAAAACAAUAUGAUUAACUAGCAGAACCAAGGUUCUUUAGCACAUUUUAAUAAUGUAGAUAAUUGCAAGUAUCAUAAUUCAAAUACAUCUGAAGUGUAAGAUGAGUAGCAUCAGAGUGUGUAAGACUAAGAUCAUAUGGCAAAUUAAAGGAAAAAUGUAUUUAAUUUUGAUAAUAAAAAUUAAUAAAAAUAUUAAAUGAAUGGCUUAGAAUAGUAACUUUGGUUUUUAGACUCUCUUAAAAAGUGUAUUUCAAAUAUAAAGGAAUAAAUAAACAGGGAUCCUAAUCAUUACCAAGAGCAAAGGUUACUUGUCAAUUCUUUUAACAUGCAAGAAAUUAUCCUUGUCUUGCUUUUUUGGAUUCAAUUUAAGAGUUAAAAAAAAAGUGGAAUUGGUGUUUAGAAUUGCCUCCUCACAAGAACAAAAUUAUAAGAUGUUGAAAUUCAACACGAAAAUAUGCUUUAUAGUGCUAAUUUAUUUAAAUGUAAGCACAAAUCUUAAUGGAGUUUAUUUUUUUCAAUGAGUAAAAAACAGAGUUUCAGUACCAGUGAUACGACUAGCAACACAAACACAGAUGAAACCACUUAGAGAUUACUAUAAUUUUUUAAAACUCGUACUGAAAAAUUCUCAAGAUGUAUAACUUCAUUACUUUGUAAGUUUGAUAGCAUAAAAAACUUCAAUGCAAAUAAUGAGCAAGAACUCAAUUAGUUAGCAUUUUAGUUUGAGUAUCUUAGGAUGAUCACAAAGGAUAUGGAAGAGUACCGCGAGUAUCUAUAAGAAUAAUAGGGAUUUAAUGCAAAUGUAAGAGACUAAGUAAUUAAAAUAUAAUAAAAAAAUAUAAGUUAAUUUAAGUUCAAGCACCUAUUUGAGGAGGUCCGUAGUUUAUUUUCUUAAGAAGUGAACUUAAAAUCAACUACUAUUAGUCUAUAAGAAAUAAAUUAAGGUGAGUGUUUGCUAAACACAGAUUAUGAAAAAUUAAAAAGAAUAUUGAUUCUGCUAAUAGAAAAUAGCUUGAAUUAUUAAAAAGUUGGUACUAUUGAUAUACAGGUCAAAGAAGAAAAAUCAAAUCUUAUUUGCAUCAAAUUAAUAGAUAGUAAUAAUACUAUUAAUGAAAGAGUUAUUGAAGAUGUCAAUACAAAAGGCUACUCAGAAAGUGGAUCUGGCUUUGGAAUAAUAACAUUAUUGGCAAAAUCUAUUACACAAUAAUAAGAAAAGCCUUUUUUAAUUGUACCAGAUAAAGUGAAUGAUAGAACAUAUUAUGUAGUAAAAAUAUCUAAGAAUUUACAUGAAGAAUACUAUAAUUAGACAUACAAUAAUAUUAGUCAAAACGUUUUUUAAGAGGCACCAAAUGAACCAAAGGAGAGAGAUGUGUCUAAUAAUAGUAAUUAAUAGUUAAAUAUAGAUCAGCUUAUUAGGAAUAAUUAAACAUAACUCCAUGAUGGAAGUUAAGUAAAUGGGAAAAAUCCCUCCCUACCAAUUGUUAAUUCUAAUUUAAACUCUCCAUUGAAAAUUAAAUCUCAAGUUGAUGUUAAGAUAUAGUUUAAUAAUAUUCAAAUUAAAUUACCAGAUCCUUAUUUUUAUUAUGGCGUUUAAUAAAAAAAGGCUAACAAAAAUGUACAUGAUAAUAAUGGAUCUAACAUUAAUAUUUUUGAUAGAGCAGGAACAAAUAAUUUCUUAUAAAUAAAUCAAAAUAUAAAUAGCAGCAAUAACAACACUAUCAGGUAAAAUAGCUUUCCAAAUUUAAAUAAUAAUAGUCCUUAUCCACAAACUUAAAUGGUAAACAACCAUGAAAAAAAAUCUUCUAUGUUUUUGAUUGUCAGCUGUGAUAUUAAAAUAUCUGCAAGCCUUUACUAGCUACUUCUAAAUAUUUGUAAUAAUAAGAAAGAGUUAGUAAAGCAUGCUAAUAACAAAGAUAAAUACAAAGAUCUCCUCGGAAAAUACUAUUUUGAAUUUAUUCUAAUAGAUAAGUUAGAGGAAAUUCAAUUUAGGGAGAUAGUGUAACUAAUAAACCAAUAUUAUAGAAACAAAAAAUAAAACCAAAAGAUAAUUUUCUUUGACUACAACAUAAGUAUUUAUAGAAAUUUAGAAGCAGAAAUACCUUUAAUUCAGUAAAAUGAUUAUAAUAUAAAUGAUACUAAAUCAGAUUUCAAACUACAGAUACCUUCAUAAAUUAAUUAAUAUUUUAUUGAUCAAAACAAUUAUAACGGCAAUUAUAAAAAUGGAUUUUUAGAAAAAUAAAAUGCAUCCUACACCUAUAAAAUACCUCCUAACAUAACAUAAUCAUAGCAUAAUUUAGAAGACAUUAGGUUUUAACCAAAUAAAACAAAUUCUAGAGAAUCUUCCUAAAAUGAAUCUCUAGAAUCGGUAAGCGUACCUAACGAACCCUAGAAUUAAAACAAGAAUAAAUCUAAUUUUAUGGGCGGCGGGCAUUAAAUUGAUAGAUAAGAUUAUGGAAUAAAUACUGCAAGGUCUAUGAAUAAAAACCCUAAUGAAACAGAUAUAUUAUAAUAUUCAAUAAACAAUUUAGUUGAUAAAGGAAAUAAUACUAGCUAAAAUAAAUUUUAAACAAACAAUCUAAAUCACAAUAAUGGAUUUAACAGUAAAAAAGUAAAUUUUGUAGAAGAUGAAACUAAAAAUAAAAGUGAAGAUCUCAAAAUAAAAAAGCUUAAUCUACAAAGUCCUCAAAUGUUCCAGCUUUCACAAGCCCCUCACCCACAUGUUGCAGCCUAAGAUACAGAGCAAAACUCUAUAAAAAGUUCUACUUACAGAGGCAGAGCUAUUACCCAUAGUCCUGAUGAUCGCAGAAAUUCCCCUUCAAAUCCUCCUCUUACACUUAAAAAAUAAAAUACGGGAAAAUCUUCUAAAAAGCAGCUAUAUGUAAGAACAGAUUAAAUUAAUAAAUCUUAUGAUUUAUAAUAAAAAUAAAUUGAAUUAGCUGUUAUAAAAAACAGUUAAAUUUAACAAGCUAAUAUAUUCUCUCAUAAAUAUAUUGAAUCUAUUGAAGUAGCUUAAAGUCUUAAAUUCUUUUAUUAUUCAAUACAGUAGCCUUUCGGCUAUACUCAAAUAUACGAAGCUGUUCAUCAUAUGGAUUCUAUAAGAAACUUAUCUCAUUUGAAUUUCAACUUUUUUAACUUAAACACAUCUUACAUUUACUACCAAUGA